GUGUGAUGGGCAUCCAGAUUGCACUGACUAUUCAGACGAAGCUUUUUGUGCAACUGUUGAGUGUGCAGCCGGGAGAUUUAAGUGUGUAGACUCCAAAGAAUGCAUCGUAGCCCAGUAUGUUUGCGACAGAGAAGCCGAUUGCCAGGAUGGUUCAGAUGAAAGAAACUGCAUCAACGGUACUUGCAGUAGCUACCAAUGGCAAUGUGCGGACAGCGACAGGUGCAUACCUCACUCGUAU